AUGUCUAUUCGUGCUGCGAUACCCUUUGAACUUUUGAAGAUUCCUCAAACUGUUGAAUUCUUCCAGUUUGGGCCUGUCAAGAUAUUCAACUCCCAAGUAUUUGCAAAGUCUAAAUUGAGCUAUGCUUUUGUAAAUAUAAAACCAUUUGCGCCUGGCCACUCAUUGGUUUCACCCUUAAGAGUUGUGAAUAGGUAUAAGGAUCUAACUCCUGAGGAGAUCUACGAUUGGUCUUGUUUGGUUCAGGUAGUAGCCGAAUCUCUCGAGAAGAUGUACAAGGGAACAUCUUGUUCAAUCAUUGUUCAAGAUGGACCUGAAGCCGGUCAGACGAUUCCACACCUUCAUGCUCAUAUUAUACCGAGGAAGAAGGAUGAUAUGGAGGACCCAGAUUCCAUUUACGAGAAGGUUGAUAACAACGAAGGGACUCUGAAGACCCAGGAGGAAAUGGCAGAACUUGCAACGGAAACCAAGAAGUAUGUGGAACUGGUUGCCAACUCGAAAGCAGUUGGCUGUAUGAAAGAUGAAAAUUAA